AUGUCUGAUAAAAGGGAAAAGCGUGAUCCAGUUACGAAUGAUUCAAGGUUUGCGGGCAUCCACAAUGAUCCCAAGUUCAGGAAACCCAAAGUCAACAAACUGAAAAUUACAUUGGAUGAUAGAUUUAGUAAGAAGGACUUGGAAUUCAAACGUAAAGCUAAGGUGGACAAAUAUGGUAGACGAAUUGGCAGCUAUGAUGAAAAAGAAGCGAAAGAUUUUGAUCGAUACUUCUCAAAAAAUGAAAGUGUUGAAAAGAUUCAGUCGGAUGACGAGGAAGGUGAAACCGAAGACAUAGCUGUUUCUGCAUUAGAUAGAGCUCGUGGAGAGGUGCCAUUAGAUUAUGAAUCGUCGUCUGACGAAAACUCUUCCAGUGAAUCCGAGGAGGAAUCUGAAGACAGUGCACUGGAUCCAGAUUCAGAAUUGGAAAUUGAAGAGUCGAAACCAGAGACAGGUGAUCCAACAAAGGUAUUUGCAGUGGUCAAUUUGGACUGGGACCAUGUGAGGUCCGUAGAUUUACUGGCCACUUUCAAUUCAUUUGUUCCAAAUGGAGGAAGUAUUAAGAAGGUUGCUAUUUAUCCUAGCGAAUUUGGUAAGGAAAGAAUGAAGCGUGAGGAAGUUGAGGGACCUCCAAGGGAACUCUUCAAGCGGAAACAAUCAAAGAAAGAAAAAGAUUCAGAUGAUGAGAACUCCGACAUAGAUAUCAACGAUUUAUACGAAGUAGACGAUGCAGAAAAGGAUUAUGAUUCCAAAGCUCUCCGCCGUUAUCAGCUUGACAGAUUAAGAUAUUAUUAUGCAGUAGUUUACUGCAGUGAUGUCCUAACAGCGAAAGCAAUCUACCAAAAUUGUGAUGGGACCGAAUUUGAAUCAACAGCUAAUAUGUUUGACUUAAGGUACGUGCCUGAUAAUAUGAAGUUUGAGGAUGAUCCAAGAGAUCAAUGUGUUUCUGUUCCUAAAGAUUAUAAGCCUACUCAGUUCAGUACCUCUGCCUUGCAACAUUCACAAGUUAAAUUAACCUGGGAUGAAACUCCUGCUGAUAGAGUGGAGAUAUCAAAGAGGGCGUUUAAUCAGAAAGAAAUUGAAGAAAUGGACUUCAAGGCAUACUUAGCAUCCGAUUCAGAUUCAUCGGAAGGAGAGACCAAUGAGAAGACCAAAAAUGCUCUCAGGUCAUUAGUGAAUGACUCAAUACAGGUUGCUCACAAAUCGGUAUUCGACAAACAUGGAAGUGAGGAAGAGGCUGAUGUCGAGAUCACAUUUACUCCAGGUCUGGAAAAUGGGGAUGCACCAAAGGAAGAGAAUGAAGAAGAAACCGCCCUUGACAAGAUCAAACGUAAAGAAAAAGAAAGACGUAAGAAGAGAAAGGAAAGAGUGAAGGAAUUAAAAAUGCAAGCUAUAGAUGAGAAGAAGGCAAGAAGAAGAAAGGGUGAUGAUGGUGCAGUAACAGAAGCCGAAAAAGAAUUGAGGAAGAAGAAGCAAGCUGAGCUGGAGUUACUAAUGUUAGAGGAUGAGACUGGUAAAAAAUCGACAUUAAACAAUAAUGCACAUUUUAAUAUGAAUGAAAUAAUAAAAUCCCAAAAGGAGAAGACAAAAAAGUCAAGAUAUCAGAACAAAAACGUUAUUGUGGACGAUAACUUCAAACCUGACUUAAAUGAUCCUAGAUUUAAAGAAGUGUUUGAGGACCAUGAUUUUGCCAUUGAUCCCUCACAGCCCGAAUUCAAGAAGACGCCUGCAAUGAAAGAGAUUUUAGAAGAACGUACUAGACGUUCCUCUAAAAUGAAGAAAGCUUUUAACAAGCGUAAAGCGUCCUAUGACCACCCUCAAAGUGGUCAAACAGACAGCUUGAACAGUUUAGUUGAAAAAUUUAAGAAAAAGCAUAAAAAAGUGCAUAAAAAGUAA